AAUGACCGCUGGACCGACAGACCCGCCACACGUGUUUUUACCUCCGGCGACGUAUUACCAAAAUGCAUGUAAAUAGUGACGCAUGCACUCGCGCGUGUAUCCGAUCGUGUUGUAGCGCGCGGGAAAAGUUUGGCAGUUGACAUUCGCGCGCUUUACUCCCUUUUUCAUUUUUUUUUUCUAACGCGUGUGCGGCUGCGGUAGGCCGUUUGUGUGACUGUGUCGGUACUGAAAAGUGAAAAGUGGGGAAAAUUUAACUCGACCGUUGUGUACGUGUUUGUUGAAUGAUUUUUGUGUAUCUGUGUUUAUUGCGACUUGGAUAUUUUAAUUAAUAUCGCAAAACCUAUUUGGAAGGGAAAAAACGAAAACUAUUUUAAACAUGGAACACCAAAUAUGGCGUAGUUUGACAGUUAAAAUGUGAUUUAAAAAUGGAACAGUGUGUAAAGAGAAGUCGGUUAAUGAAUUUGAAAGUGGAACUUACAGUGAUUUUGAAUAUGGAACUAUAAGUAAUGAUGGAGCAUCCUGGAGGUUUCGCGUCUUCACCAUGGGCCGCCAUGCUGGGCCAUGGCAUGCAUGGCAUGAUGCAACAUGAGUACUCCCAUGCGCACGCGCAUGCAUCGAUGCCGAUGGAUCUUCAUGUGCCGCAGCCGUUUCCUUAUUACCGGUAUCGUGACGAAGCCCUGUGUUGGUCCGACAGAAAGCCGUCAGUAGAUGGCGUCUCAAACGCAGCUUCAGUCAACAGCCGAUACUAUGCACAAGAGAACUGCAUUCUCGAGCUACGAAAAGAGAAGAGCAGAGACGCAGCUCGUUCUAGAAGAGGAAAGGAGAACUAUGAGUUCUAUGAGCUGGCGAAGAUGCUGCCUCUCCCAGCUGCCAUCACCAGCCAGUUAGACAAAGCUUCCAUUAUAAGGCUGACAAUUAGCUACCUCAAGUUACGGGACUUCUCCGGGCAUGGUGAUCCUCCGUGGAGCCGGGACCCUCCUCCGUCUAGCAAGGCUUUGAAAGGCGCCCAAAACAGACGGACGGCGAUAGGUCUGGCCAUGGAAUUGUUCGAGCAGCACCAAGGAACGCAUAUAUUACAGUCCUUGGACGGGUUCGCGCUUUCAGUGGCAGCAGACGGCAGGUUCCUGUACAUAUCUGAAACUGUUUCUAUAUAUUUAGGAUUAUCACAAGUAGAGAUGACGGGUAGCAGUAUAUUUGACUACGUGCAUCAAGCUGAUCAUGCAGAAAUAGCGGAACAGCUAGGACUAUCCCUCACUGGGAGACCUGGACAAGCUGGUCUGAACAGUCCAGCUUCAGGCAGUGAAGAGGGAAGUCAGCAUGGAACUAAUAACCCUGAUGUAUCAUCGCAAAUGAGUCUAGCGGCGAGUGGGUCGCUGUACCGAGGAAUGGACCGAGCCUUUUGCGUCAGGAUGAAGAGCACGCUGACCAAGAGAGGAUGCCAUUUCAAGUCUUCAGGAUACAGGGUUGGAAGAAACAAGGAGGGUGAACCGACGAGGUCCGCUGAGAGUGGUAACUGGCGGGUGGUUCUGAUGCUGUGCCGCCUUCGACCGCAGUAUUCUUUUUCCCAUAGUCGAAAAUCCCCAACAGUACUCCUGGGCAUGGUGGCUCUCGCCAUAGCAUUACCACCGCCAUCAGUCCACGAGAUCAGAUUAGAAUCUGACAUGUUCGUCACAAGAAUCAACUUUGACUUCCGAAUAGCGCAUUGUGAGCCCAGUCGAGUAUCAGAACUCUUGGGAUACACCGCGGAAGAAUUAACAGGGAAGAAUCUCUAUGCCCUCUGCCAUGGUGAAGAUGCCAACAAACUUAGAAAAUGUCACGUAGAUUUAAUGAACAAAGGCCAAGUUCUGACACACUACUAUAGGAUAAUGAACAAGCUCGGUGGCUACACCUGGAUGCAGACCUGUGCCACAGUCGUCUGCUCCUCCAAGAACGCUGAGGAACAGAAUAUUAUUUGCGUCAACUAUGUUAUCAGUGGACGCGAAUAUCCAAACACAGUAAUGGACUGCUGUCAGUUAGAAGAGAGCGUGCAAGGAGUGAAAAGAGAAGAAACUACUGGGGAUCCAGAGAACGGUCCACCAGAUACCGACAACUCCGGUGCUCCACCGCCUCCACCACGCCAUCAAGCAGAAAGAACUGAACCUCCGACGAACACUGACUCAGCGUCAUCAGCACCAGUCCCAACAUCUGAAGUCACUCAUCUAACCAGACUGAGUGAUGCUCAACCACUACCUCUUCACACAAAUACUGAAAGAACUUCACCCAUGCCAGCCAGAAGACUGAAGAAACGAAAGCACACAACUGACUGCGAAGACGAAACUGAAAGGGACGAAGAGCGACGAAAGACGUCUUCCAAUCCUGGAGCUGCCAUUUCACCUGCAGAACGAGACAUUUCCAAAACCAAUUUAGCUAUACCCGAAGGUGGGUCGGACGCAACAUCAGUUAGAGAUUUAGAAAAUGCUAUGUCGAAGCACUUACCGUCAGUAGCUUUAGAUGGCAAAGAAAUAUCUCACAGACCAACCGACUUCUCCACUGAUGCUCUUCUGAAACAGCAGCAACAGAAAUCAACAAUACAAUGGAUAGGGACGCAGAAUCAUCACUUGAAUCCUCUGAAUAGACAGAUACCAACGAACCAUACUUCCACUCCUGCGUCAGCUCUGUUGAGACAGCUUUACGCGAAUAGAGAAAGUGUUAUUCGAAGCAACUUCUUAGGUGAUGGUAGAACUGGUGGGUACUAUUCUGGUGACGGCCAGUCAGGGCCAUUGCCGACCCCACCAGGUAGUGAAGGCUCCGGCUAUGGAGAGCAAUUAGGACAUAAGGGUACUGACAUAGGAUCUUUAGCUUACGGAGGCUAUGCUGACUACCAUUCGGCUAUGACGCCUCCAGGUUCAGUAUCACCUAGAGAUAAGCAGCAAUAUGCGUUGCCAUACGACAAUAGUGCUUAUUCUGAAGCGUUAAGACACUCGUAUUUAGGUGAAGCUCCUUUACCGUUGAAGCCUCAAGCGUAUUCGGCUGUUCCGGGUGCUUUAGACUAUGCUUCAUCGUUAGACCAGUCACAGUUCUUCCAUCCACCGUCAUCGUUCCAUCUUUAUCAUCCUCAGGCGCAUUCUGCCCAUGCGUCUCAUGCCCAUCAGCCUGACAAGUCCGCGCCACCAAACACGAACUGGUACUCGGCAGGCUCAUAGCCGAAUCUUCGGCAAUCUUAUUAUUAGCAAGCUUCUGUUAAACCGAUUGUUGUUAAGUUUUCCCUUUUUUGUUGUUUCGGGGCUCAAUUAGACUUAAUGGGACUAUCCCUGAUGCAUUAUUAUCGGAAAAUGUAUACGGUUAAACUAAACAAGACUUCCAAAACUAAAAUACUCAGUCAACGACAGAUUAAAUGGUGUUCUCUAUUUUUUUGGAGUAUAAUAUUUUUUUUAAUACUCUUUGGGGAUGUGCCAAAAAUUGUGCUUUAGGCAUGAACCUUGCAUUUAUAUCAAUCGCAUACUCUCAUAUAUUUUUAAAGACAACUGCGCCAAUUCUCUUGUGCAUGGAAUAUCUUUCUUAAAGUAUAAACAAAAGAAGAAUAUUAAUGGUGCCAAAUAAAUAUUCAUUCUAACAAAAGUUCAUUUUUUCUUCUCUGUCUCAUAAAAUCAUUAUGUAGACCAACUACUGCUAAUAGUAAAGAAAGAUUGAAAAUAAGUUAGUAUACAAGAGAAUCAGCGCAACAAAUCAUUAUAAAAAUGUCAAAAUAUAUCGAUGUAACAAUACAAAAUAAUCACGGAUUGAUCGAUUUUCAAUUUCAACAUUUUAUCGAUAGAGUACAGCCCUAUCGACAUUAUUGCGUACUUAAAUUAAAAUAAAUAGUUUUAUUUAAAUAAUCCAGUGAAAUCAUGAGCUAUAAUAAUAGCUUUUUGCAUAUCAUUUAUAGUUAAGCUUUUUGUAAAUUAUUGUAUAAUAGGUUAUCGACAUGACUGUAUUUAGGCGAUAAUAAUAAAUAAUCAUUUAACAUUGUAAAUUCUAGCGUUUAAGUAUUGUAUAUUAUUAUUAUUUUUAAUAAUCAGUGUAAGGUUUCAUUGUACAUAAUUAAUUGUCAUCUAUUAGAUUUUAAUCGAAUAAAAUAUCGAUACUUUUUUAUCGAUAUCCUUUUUUCUUCCGUCACUAGGAAUCGAGUCGCCAUUAAAAAUGAUUUUCUUUUAAAUAUUAUUUCAUUAUUAAAUUUAUUUUAUUUUUUUAUGGUUAGAAAAAAAUAUAAUUAUUAAAUUGUCAUUUAAUCGAUCAUGACAAAAUCAUUUUGCGUAGCCAAAAUACUCAAACAUUCCAAUUUUUUCUUUUUAUUAAAUAUUCAAAGCCAAAUACAUUUUAUAUUUUUUUUAUAUAGAAAAUUGUAAUUUUUAUAUUAAUUCAAUUAGAUGUUAUUACAAUAAUUAUUGAUAUAAUUGGUAAUAUUUAUGCUAUUUUUAACUGUGCAAUACGAGUGGAAAACGUUGUUCAUUUCAAUUUUUAUAAGGCUUCGUUAAUGUAUCUUAAUAUAAGGUAAUAAUAAUUAUUAAAAUUGUAAUAAAGUUGUAAUUAUUAUAAUAAUAAAAAUUGGUAUAGGCUUGUCAUGCAAUUAUCUGUUAUUGUUUUUUUUUAUAUUUUCUUCUGAAAAUUCAGUACUUGAAUGAAUGUCAUGUAUUUUUGUUUGAAUCAUGAAUUUGAAAAGAAGUUUAUUUGUCCGAAUAAAUAAAUAAUUAAGAAUUUUCAA